AUGAUCUACCUCAAGACACUCCUCAACGUAAUAGACAACUCCGGUGCCCAAGUAGUCGAGUGCAUCAAAGUGCUCCGCCACAACCCCAAAUCGUGUGCCCAAAUCGGCGACCAAAUCACCUGUGUCGUCAAACAAGCAAGACCAACAAAUGUUGAUUCAUCAUCGUCUUCAGCAUCAUCAGCAGCUGCACAGGCAUCGAAUAGAGUCAAGAGAAGAGAUAUAUGUCGUGCUGUUGUUGUUAGGCAGCGGGCUCCUUUUAGAAGACCGGAUGGGUCGGUAGUUAGGUUUGACGAUAAUGCUUGUGUGUUGAUUAAUAAGAACGGUGAACCUUUGGGAACGAGGAUUAGUUCGGUUGUUGCUAAGGAGUUGAGGGAUUUGAAUUAUAACAAGAUUGUAUCGUUGGCUCCAAAGACUUUUUAA